GGAUAGGGAACAGUGGCUCAGUUUGCUUUCGUUCGUCCUUGCGGAAGGUACGUACCGGUACGCUUUGUCCCGUGAAUCGUGUAGUUUUAACGCACGUUGCGUUUACUUCCUUCCGAUAUAUCCAAGUCUAUAUCGCGGCCAGUAUCCCAUUUCCGGCGGUAAGAGAAUCGUGAACGCGAGUUGCCGUGUGCCGACAACAAGGUGUGUGAAUGUGGUCGUGAUACGAACGGAGAUCAGUUAGUGACGAAGAGGUGUAUCCUGCCGCGAGUAAAGUGUCAAGUGCCAGCGGACCAUGAAUACAAUGAUACGAAUCUGGAUCCUCUGCAGCCUCUUUCUGCUGGGAUACGUUCAAGAAUGCUGGCAACUCGUGAUAAAAAGCGUGAACGUACCGGCGACGGUGAAGGCCGACGACACCGAUUACGUGAUCCUAGACUGUGACUACGAUCUCGAGAACACGCCGAGCAAGGGAUUAGUCGUGAAAUGGUUCUUCAACACCAACGAAGUGGCUUACCAAUGGAUAUACGGCAGGGAACCUUUGGCUGGAGAUACCGCGCGGAAGUACAUCGACCUGCAGUACAAAGCCAGCGACGAUCCGUACACCAAGUACCGAGCCAUGAAAUUGAAUAAGCCCGGUAUCGAUCUUACCGGCGAGUACACGUGCGUCAUAUUCACUUACGCGGACGAGCAGUCUGCAAGCGGCUCCAUGGUUGUGUAUUGUAAGUAUCCCGCUAUUUACGGCCAACCGCCAUUGAUUUACGAUCCUUUAUGUCGAUUUAUGCUGGAUAGAAUGCCAGGCCAAUUAUCCUUCUACCGGUAUGGUUCCGCGAUUUUCUUCUUUUUCCUCUCUCCCUCUCUCUCUUUUUAUCUUCUCUUUUUUAACCUACCAUUCACCGUAGCUUACUUCUUUAUUCCUCUAUUCGAUUGCAAACGCGUGUCGCGUCAACGAUGAAUAUCACGACCUCGA